CCCGGGGAGGGGGCAGUGAGAGAGAGAGAGAGAUGGGGACAUCGGGCAGUACUUGUGCGGAGACCCCGGUGAGAGCGCCCUACAACCGACACCUCUCCAACGCCCUCGACCCUCGAUCGCCCAGCGCCGGGAUCGUGCGGACACCGAUCGAGGUCCUGUCCAGCCCGAGCCCAGACCGUGCUGACGCCGAAUCCGAGGAGGAGGAGGAAGAGGAGUUGGCAACAGCAACAGCAACAUCAACAGCGACUGUAGGAGCUCGGGGCUCGUCAGGCCCCAGCGACCCGCGCUCCCCCACUCCUGGGGUGAACCGUACCCCCUUCAAAAUCUCCGUCACUGCAAAGCUGAACCACCUGGUGAGACAGCUGAGCGGAGUGUUCGUGAGCGAGGAGGCGGAGGGGCACCUCCCGGCCGAGAGGGGAGAUGGCGCCGGGGACGACGACAAGGAGGAGGAAGAAGGGGCCUCGGGAACGGCGGUGGAUCAGCUGCUGGACUGCGAGGAGGAAGGGGGAGACGGGAGCGAGCUCCCAACGUCGGACCAGGAUGACGGCGAGACGUGGCCGGCUCCCAAAGAGAUGGCGGCUGCCACCAUUCCCUCUGGGACAGGGCCGGCCCGGCCCGGGAACAGGCCCCUGGUUUGGACAGACUCCCUACCUCGAGGCCCCACAGCUGCCAAGAGGAAUCCAGCUCCCGGGAAGUUGCCGGCCCCUGGGACCAUCCGCUCCCCGCUGCAGCCCCUGGCAGGGGGUAACUCUCCAGGCUCGGCCCUCGGCCUCCGACAGCAGAUUCACAAAGCAGCAGUUUCAGAGAGGAUCCAGGAUCCGGAGGCUCGGAGCACGAUGAAAGCCGCACCCCCCGACCCUGCUGUCUGCCAGGACAAGGAGAAUAACUACUGCCUCCUGACCUCGCGAGGGAGGCUGUGUCCUCCAUAACUGUCUGUCCAUCCGUCCGUCUCUCCUCCAGCUUCUCCCCCCGGCUCUGACGGCUCCCGAUCUGGGGCGAUCUAACUGGACAGGACAGGCUGACUCCAUCGGGCUGGGUCUCUGUCUCUCGUCUAUAUGACACUAACCAAGAAUUGAUACGCUCACUGUGUGCCCUCUCCUGAUACUGCCAGUGAGGAUCUGGGCUGGAAUGUUGCCCCAUUCCCUCCCUCCCCCCAUCCCAUCCCAUUCCCCUGAUCAGUCGGACUCUCUGCCCUGUUUGAGGGGUGGUGGGGGGAGCUGUCACUGUGUCCCCGGGAGACUGUGUGUGUGUGUGUGUGUUCACUGCCUGCUCUGUAUUGCCCGUUUGCAACAGGAUUGGGGAUGGUGUCUGGUGUCCCCAUGCCCUGUUGCGACAGCUCGGUUUUUAUGUUACACUGUUCAGCUGUUGGAACCAUUCAAUAAAGUUCACGUCCACGAAUGA